AUGAAUGAACAGGGAGAAGGUAUUAGUUCGAAUGAAAUGCCUGACAUUUGCACUAACGUUGAUGCAACUGAAGAUGUGUGCUAUGAUGCUUUAUCACAAAAAUGGGGGAAUCACCAGGGGCACGAGUUAUGGAUUCCUAAAGUUGAUGGCAAUAUUUGUCCAAAGGUUGGUGAAUUCUUUUCAUCGGUUGAUUCCGUAGAAAAUAUGUAUAGGAAAUACGCAGACGUUGCUGGGUUUGAUAUCCGACUGGCCAGCAAAAAAAUGAACUCGUUGGGUGGAGUGCAAACACGUUUUUUUGUUUGUAGCAAGGAGGGUAUUCCAUCCAAAAAGGAAUUUGAUUCUUUAGAAGUUUCAUCGGGUGAGAGGAGAAGACGUAAUACAAAUUUCAAACGUACUGUUUGUAAAGCUUGCCUUAAGGUACACUAUGUCAAAGAGAGUGGCCGGUACGAGGUUUAUCAUUUCAUUGAGGCUCAUAAUCAUAUGCUUUGUCGUUCGGAUGAAAAGUUGUUCACCCGUUCAAGACGCCAACUUGACUACAAGGAUCGUAAAAAUGUUUACCACGCAUCAAGCUCUAAAGUUGGUAUCACUCAAUCACGCAGGAUGCAAUUGGCAAUUAACAGAGGUUUAGUAUCAUCUGGUGGGACAACUAGGGAUCAUAUGAACUUUAGAAGAGACAUUACGCUAUUCAUUGGUAACAAAGAUGCACAAAUGCUAAUAAACAAGAUGAACAAACGGCGGGAACAUUGCCCGGAAUAUUUUUUUGAAUAUGAGUGUGAUGAGAAGGAGUUGAUUGCAAUUUUUUGGGCAGAUGAAACAGCAAGAAUGAAUUACAAACAUUUUGGAGACACCAUAUCAUUUGACGCUACAUUUCAGACAAACAAGCAUGCAAUGAUUUUUGUACCAUUUGUUGCAAUUGACAAUCACAAGAAGUCCGUUGUGGUUGGUGCUUCAUUGAUUAGAAAUGAAUCGAUCGUUAAUUUCACUUGGAUCCGUGAUCAUUUAGCCCAUGGGACCCCGUUCAAAAGCAAGUUCAACAAACUCGUAUGGAAUGUACACAUAAGUCCCGAAAUUUUUGAGGAGAAAUGGAAUGCAUUGAUGGAUGAGUUUGGACUACGGCGUCACUCGUGGUUUGAAGAAAUGUAUGCAAUAAGAGAAUCUUGGAUUCCAGCCUACUUCAAGGACUACCCAAUGUCUGGUCUUAUGAAAACCACUUCCAGGUCUGAGAGUAUUAAUUCAUUUUUUAAUGUUUAUACGAAGUAUUGGAAUGAUCUUGUUUAUUUUCUUAACACUUUCGACGAUGCAAUCGAAAUUCAAAGGAAAGAACAUUGUUCCCUUGAGGUUGCAAGUAGAACUACAAUACCUAAAUUGUUGUCACCGUCCAAAAUUGAAGCGCAAGCAGCAAAAGUGUACACAAAAACAAUGUUUUUUGAGGUGCAAAAGGAAAUGAACAAGGCAAUAUGGUAUUGUGGGGUUGUCGAAGUAAUAGAGGUCGGUGAUAAGAGGAUUUACAGUAUUACACAUAAGAACAAGAAUUCUGAGGUUAAAGCUACGUACAAGGUGGUUCAUGAUGUAAGGGAUGAUUCUUUUGAUUGUAGUUGCAACCAUUUUGUUCGCAAUGGUAUAUAUUUUGUCGCCACGCGUUUAUGGUAUGGUGAAAUGGAUGUUGAGAAACAAGCUUUGAUCAACCAGGCUAUAUCAAUGUUUGAUCUUAUUAUUGGGCGUGUACGGAAUGACAAGGGAGCGUUGACAGAGUUUGUGGAGCGAUUGGAACGAUUGGGUGAUGAAAUUUCGAUGGACAUUCCAAUAUUGACAGGUACUGAGCAGAAGAGAAAUGAUAUUCAGGAGUUCUUAUGUGUUUCCGAACCUGAAUCGGUUGAUGUCUUACCACCAACAGAAAUACGUAAUAAAGGUUGUGGAACCGGAAAGCGUCUUGUUGGUAUGUCAGAGAGGAUAUCCAUGAAUGCAAAGAAGCCGAAAAGAUUGUGUAGAACUUGUGAUAAAAUGGGGUGGCAUGAUUCCCGCAACUGUCCGUCGCAGGGCGAUAGUACCAAAUAA